AGGUUCGAUUUAUAUUCUGUAGAAGAAGCGAGAGAGAGCUGACAGAGCAGAAGGAGAGCAAAUGAGACAGAGAGUGCGGGUAGGAGAUCGCCGGAAAUUCCAUACCGAAGCUGUCCGUAAGUACCUUGCGGAAUAUCUGGGCCGGAGAGCUCGGUUUCUAUUCUCUUCUUGGCAUACGUUUUGAUCCUAAGGAGGCGAUUCGUUUGCUAUUUUGAGGCGAGGUCGUUCCGAGGAGGGUCUUCUCUGGAAUGGAUUCGGAAGAGACGUGAAAAAGUUGGUUCUGUUUGAUUUUGUGGCUGUUCUUUGAUUGCCUAAUUUGUUUGCUAUUUGGGUUUUUGAUUUGGGGAAGAGGGCAGGAAGAGAGCGGUCUGAGGAGGAAGAGAUGGGGUUCAAUUUCGGGUCAGAGCUGGUGCGGCUCGGGAUCCUGGCUACGACCUCCGAUCAUAAGUCGGUGGUGUCUAUAAAUCUGUUUGUAACGCUGCUGUGCGGUUGCAUCGUCAUUGGCCAUCUCCUGGAAGAGAGUCGGUGGAUGAAUGAGUCCAUAACCGCUCUCGCUAUCGGGUUAUGUACGGGAGUUGUUAUUCUGCUGACGACCAAAGGGAAGAGCUCUCAUAUACUUGUCUUCAGCGAGGAUCUGUUUUUUAUAUACUUGCUUCCUCCGAUUAUAUUCAACGCCGGGUUUCAAGUAAAAAAGAAACAGUUUUUCCACAACUUCAUGACAAUCAUUUUGUUUGGUGCAAUUGGGACAUUAAUCUCCUUUUUCGUAAUAUCGGUUGGUGCUAUUGAGUUCUUUGGGAGGAUGAACAUAGGCCUUGACAUUGGAGACUAUCUUGCUGUCGGGGCUAUAUUUUCUGCGACGGAUUCCGUUUGCACUUUGCAGAUUCUUAAUCAAGAUGAGACGCCUCUUCUUUAUAGCUUGGUCUUUGGCGAAGGUGUUGUAAAUGAUGCCACAUCAGUUGUGCUCUUCAAUGCACUACAGAAUUUUGAUUUAGUGCACAUUGAUGCUUUAAUCAUAUUGAAGUUCAUUGGCAACUUCUUCUAUUUGUUUUUGAGUAGCACUGUCCUUGGCGCAGUUACUGGAUUGCUAAGUGCUUACGUCAUCAAGACGUUAUACUUUGGCAGGCAUUCUACUGAUCGUGAAGUUGCGAUUAUGAUGCUCUUGGCAUAUCUUUCGUACAUGUUAGCUGAAUUAUUAAAUCUUAGUGGCAUUCUGACAGUAUUCUUCUGUGGAAUAGUGAUGUCACAUUAUACGUGGCACAAUGUAACUGAGAGUUCUAGAAUAACUACCAAGCAUGCUUUUGCAACAUUGUCGUUUAUUGCUGAGACUUUCCUCUUUCUUUAUGUUGGAAUGGAUGUACUGGACAUUGAGAAGUGGAAAUUUGUCAGUUCCAGCCCUGGAAAAUCAAUUGGUGUUAGCUCGAUUAUUCUUGGCUUGGUUUUGGUUGGAAGAGCUGCGUUUGUUUUCCCACUGUCUUUUCUUUCCAACUUAACUAAGAAGUCUCAUAGUGAAAAGCUCUCUUUUAGGAAGCAAGUUAUUAUUUGGUGGGCUGGACUUAUGAGAGGUGCCGUCUCCAUUGCACUUGCCUAUAAUAAGUUUACAAGUUCUGGCCACACUCAACUCUCCGGCAAUGCAAUCAUGAUUACUAGUACCAUCACAGUUGUUCUUUUUAGUACAGUGGUCUUUGGUUUGAUGACAAAACCACUAAUAAGGCUCUUACUGCCUUCAUCUCAUAAGCCACUAGGCAGUACUUGCUCUGAUGAGCCCACAACUCCUGUAUCCUUGUUCUCCUCUCUCCUUGAGAACUCCUCACUCCUCGAGAACGGUCGGGGAGUUGAUGAGCAACCCAUUCACCGUCCAACAAGCCUCCGAAUGCUUCUCUUGAAGCCUACACACACUGUGCAUUACUACUGGCGUAAGUUCGAUGACAGCUUCAUGCGUCCAGUGUUUGGCGGCCGGGGAUUCGUUCCGUUUGUCCCUGGUUCCCCUACUGAAAGAGAUGGCCAUGGAGAAGGGUGAAAGAUGAAUAUCUUGAAGAAGAAAAGAAUCUUAUUUUCCAAUAAACAAACACCUUUCCCCCUCGAAUGGUUUUUUAUGGGCUACAGAUUGUAUAUGGAUGAUGCAGUGAUGGCUUGACUUGUGCUGGUUUGUGGUUGCGAUGGGUCACUAGGCUUUUUCAUGCUUCCAACAGUGUAACUUAUGUGGGUUUAUGUAAUAUUUCAUUUCAUUUUUGGUUUGUGCAGGUCUCUUAAGAUUUAUAUAUAUAUAUAUUUUGAUUGUUGAAGUUUUGCUGAAAGGGUUGUGUACAAUAUGGAGCUGUUGAUUAUUUUUCUAUUUUUUUCAGCGUGUUUUGUAGGAGUUUGUGUGAGUGUAUAUGUAUACAACUGGAAUAAUUGAAAUCAUAAGAUAGCUUUCAGCUUCAAUCUA